AUGGCCUCUGGACAUGCACGGCGGGGAGCGGAUAGUAGGGUUGGGGCGGCCAUUGCCCCAACCCUUGUCCAAUGCUCCCAAAUAAACUUGCAACACUGCAAAGCGGCGACGGCUCUCCUGAGUCGCAGCCAAGUGGUGGAGCACACAGACAUAUGCCUCAUCCAAGAACCCUGGGUGACAGGGGGCAUGGUAAGAGGACUCGACCUCAGGGGCAAUGAGCUUUUCUUUGCACGGGGGGAGCCAGGACCCAGGACUUGCAUCUCCGUUAAAAGAGCUUGCAAUGCCAGGAGAAUGGUAAACUUCUGUCACAGGGACCUUGUCGCGGUGACGGUGGGCCUGCGGGGGGAGGGCGGAUAUGAGGACGUUGUCUUCUGCUCUGCCUACUUCCCGUUUGACUCAGCGUUGCCGCCGCCCACGGGGGAACUGAGGAAGCUGGUUUGCCACUGUAGAAGCAAUGGGCUGCCACUCAUCGUGGGCUGCGACGCAAAUGCGCAGAACGUGGUUUGGGGCAGUGAGCACAACAACGCCAGAGGCAUAUCCCUUUUGGAAUACAUGGCAGACGUGGACCUGGAGGUCCUAAACAGGGGAUCCAGGCCCACGUUCGUCACUUCUCGCUGCCAAUGUGUCAUCGAUAUCACGUUGUGUGACAGAAGGCUAGCGCCACGGUGCGUCGAUUGGAGGGUGGACCGUGAGGACACACUAUCCGAUCACAGACGCAUCAAAUUCAGCAUCGUAGGUAGAGCCGGGAAGAUGCAGGGUCCCGCACACAGGAAUCCCAGGACCACCGACUGGUACUCCUUUAAGGAGGAACUGGAGGUUAGGCUGGGGGAACGGCGGUUGAGACCCAGCAACGUGCGCAGAUUAGAGGAUGAAGUGGACACAAUCCACGACGCCCUGAUCUGCGCUUUCCACAAG